GGUGCCUUAGCCAACAGCCUUGCCCUCUUUACGGACGUCCUGCACCUGGGGAGCGACCUGGUCAGUUUCAUCAUCAGUCUCCUGGCCAUGUGGCUUGCCAAUAAGCCGGCUACCAAGAAAAUGUCCUUUGGCUACCAUCGAGCAGGUACCGGUACCGUAAACAAGAUAUCA